AUGACUCAGCCUGAAUGGCAACUUGCAAUGGCUGAAGAGCUUGCUGCCCUUGAGCGCCCUGGCACAUGGGAUCUGGUUUCUCUUCCUUCCGGUGUUCGUCCCAUCACCUGCAAGUGGGUCUACAAGAACGCCUUUCUCAACGGCGGGUUGCGUGAGGAGGUUUAUAUGCAGCCACCAUCGGGGUACUACGCUCCUGACGGUAUGGCUCGCCUUCGUGACCAGUUCCUCAUGACUGAUCUUGGUCCACUUCGCAAUUUUCUUGGAAUUGAAAUCUCCUUGACCUCUGAUGGAUUCUACAUCUUCCAAGAAAAAUAUAUUCACGAUCUUCUUGCUCGCGCUGCUCUCGGUGAUGAGCGCACUGUCGUGACUCCUAUGGAGCUCAACGUCCAGCUUCGUGCCUCUGAUGGUGAUCCUCUUCCUAAUCCCACUCGCUAUCGUCACCUUGUUGGCAGUCUUGUCUAUCUUACUGUUACGCGUCCUGACAUCUCCUAUCCUGUCCACAUUCUGAGUCAGCUUGUUUCAGCCCCCACCUCUGUCCACUAUAGUCAUCUCCUCCGUGUUCUACGAUAUCUUCGUGGCACGAUCUCUCAGCGCCUUUCCUUUCCCCGCUCCAGCUCUCUUGAGCUCCAGGCCUACUCUGAUGCUACCUGGGCUAGUGAUCCCUCUGAUCGACGCUCGCUAUCUGCUUAUUGUGUCUUUCUUGGUGGCUCUCUUAUUGCCUGGAAGACAAUGAAAUAG